AUGGCCCGUACUAAGCAGACAGCCCGUAAAUCCACCGGAGGGAAGGCUCCCAGGAAGCAGCUGGCCACCAAGGCUGCCAGGAAAAGCGCUCCCGCUACCGGUGGUGUCAAGAAACCUCACCGUUACCGCCCUGGCACGGUAGCUCUUCGGGAAAUCCGUCGCUAUCAGAAAUCCACUGAGCUGCUGAUCCGCAAACUGCCCUUCCAGCGCCUGGUCCGUGAGAUCGCCCAGGACUUCAAAACCGACCUGCGCUUCCAGAGCUCUGCUGUCAUGGCCUUGCAAGAGGCUAGCGAGGCUUACCUGGUUGGCCUCUUCGAGGAUACCAACCUGUGUGCCAUCCACGCCAAGAGAGUGACCAUCAUGCCCAAAGACAUCCAGCUGGCUCGCAGGAUUAGAGGAGAGCGUAUGGCAUACUUGUUACAAUUUGAUACUAUGUUACUGUGUGCCAUUCCAGCCACUGAUAAGUUUGACAGAAUGGCCCGUACUAAGCAGACAGCCCGUAAAUCCACCGGAGGGAAGGCUCCCAGGAAGCAGCUGGCCACCAAGGCUGCCAGGAAAAGCGCUCCCGCUACCGGUGGUGUCAAGAAACCUCACCGUUACCGCCCUGGCACGGUAGCUCUUCGGGAAAUCCGUCGCUAUCAGAAAUCCACUGAGCUGCUGAUCCGCAAACUGCCCUUCCAGCGCCUGGUCCGUGAGAUCGCCCAGGACUUCAAAACCGACCUGCGCUUCCAGAGCUCUGCUGUCAUGGCCUUGCAAGAGGCUAGCGAGGCUUACCUGGUUGGCCUCUUCGAGGAUACCAACCUGUGUGCCAUCCACGCCAAGAGAGUGACCAUCAUGCCCAAAGACAUCCAGCUGGCUCGCAGGAUUAGAGGAGAGCGCGCUUAA